CAGGUGUGCAAAUUGCGGGCUAUUUUCGGCUGAAAAUUGAGGGCCAGUCGAUGAGGGUUUGCGACGGCGGCUGGCGGAGGCGUCUCAAGCGAUGGAUGGGACGUUCAAGUUCGCCGAUUUCAUUGCAGGAUGGUUCGGAGGCAUCUGUGGGGUGGUGGUGGGCCACCCCCUCGACACGAUCAAAGUGCGCCAACAGAACUUCGGCACGAAGCUGUUCGUUGCCAUUUCGCGCACAUUCCGGCACGAGGGAAUCCCCGGCUUCUUCAAAGGAAUGCUAUGUCCUGUACUUACCAUCGGCCCCUCGAACGCCAUUCUUUUCGGCGUUUACGGCAACUUAAUGAACGUCUUCAACGAAAACUACGUACCUCGCCAAGUCUCGCACACCGACUUCGAUGCCCUAAGACACGUUUUCAUCGCCGGGACAAUUGGGGGCUUCUUUCAAUCGCUUUUCGUGUGUCCGGCUGAACUGGUCAAGACGCUGAUGCAAAUCAAGACGGAGGGCAAAGGCUCAUGGAGACGCCACUCGGAGGUGGUUUACACGGGAUCGAUUGACGCGUUUUUCGGGAUUGUGCGGGAUCGGGGGUUCAGAGGGCUCUUCAGGGGCUUCGCCCCCAUGGCUAUCAGGGAUGUGCCCACUAGCGGUUUGUACACGGUGACCUAUGAGGCUUUAAAUUCGUAUUUUGAGCAGUGCCAUGUGCCCCUUAUGCUCAAGCAGACCAUAGCUGGGGGCACUGCAGGGGUGGCUUCCUGGAUUUUGGUGAUUCCCUUUGAUGUGGUGAAGUCCCGAAUCCAGGCCGAUAGUUACAAUCACCCUCAAUAUAAAGGAAUGAUCGACUGUUUUUACAAAUCGUAUCAAAGGGACGGUUUAGGGAUUUUUUUUAAAGGCGCCCCUGCGAUAGUCAUGAGGACUUUCCCUGUAAAUGCGGCGCUAUUUGUGGGCUAUGAGGCUGUGCUAAGACAUCUGUAAUAAAAAUAAAUCACACGUGACUUA